AACCGAAGAAACGAUCAGUGAGAGCAGAGAGAGAAAGAGGAAAAAGAUCUUUCUUUCUGGGUCUGAACUCCACCAUGAGAUAUCACCGGAGCUCCGAUUACCUCACGCCACCGGCGAGUUUCCCGGCUAAAAUUUAACAUUCCUUUUUUUUUUUUACAUUUUUCCGUAUUAAAACGAAGGAGUUUGGUUGAUUAUAGAGUUGCAAUGUCGACGACGACGAACGCAGCUCAAUCGCAGUCGCCACAACCGUCAUCAGAAGAAUUAGCGUCCAAAGCGUUACAGAAGCGUUACGAAGGAUUAAUGACGGUGAGAACAAAAGCAAUAAAAGGCAAAGGCGCGUGGUACUGGAGUCAUCUCGAACCGAUCUUACUACACAACACCGACACUAACCUCCCCAAAGCCGUCAAGCUCCGUUGCUCCUUAUGCGACGCCGUUUUCUCCGCCUCUAACCCUUCCCGCACCGCCUCCGAGCAUCUCAAACGCGGGACUUGCCCCAAUUUCAACUCUUUGCCCAAACCCAUCUCCACGAUCUCUCCUCCUCAUCCUCCGCCGCCUCCGCCGCCGUCUAGUCGGAAACGCAACUCCUCCGGUGGAAGCUCCGUCGAAGCUCCUUCGCCGCUGAAUCAUCUUCCUCCGGGGUCGUACCACGUGACGCCUCUCACCGUCGUUGAUCCGGCGAGGUACUGCGGCAGAGACUUGCACUUCCCGGCGGCUCAGGGGCAUUUGAUGCUUUCCGGUGGAAAAGACGAUCUGGGUCCUUUGGCUAUGCUUGAGAACAGUGUGAAGAAGCUCAAGAGCCCCACGCAGACGCAGAAGCUGAGCAGAGCCCAGAUAGACUCGGCGCUUGCUUCUCUCUCCGACUGGGUGUUCGAGUCUUGCGGUUCUGUUUCUCUCUCUAGUCUCGAGCAUCCGAAGCUGAGAGAUUUUCUAACGCAAGUCGGGUUACCGAUCAUCUCACGGAGAGACUUCGUCGCCGGAAGGUUGGAUAUGAAGUACGAGGGUUCGAGAGCUGUGGCUGAGUCGAGACUCAGCGACGCAAUGUUCUUCCAACUCGCUUCCGACGGAUGGAAGUUCGAAAGCUCCGGCGAGAAUCUGGUGAGCUUGAUGGUGAACUUGCCCAACGGGACGAGUCUGUACAGACGAGCUCUGUUUGUUAACGGAGCUGUUCCGUCUAACUACGCCGAGGAAGUUAUGUGGGAGACGGUGAGGGGUAUUUGCGGUAAUUCACCUCAGAGGUGUGUUGGCAUUGUUUCGGAUAGGUUUAUGAGUAAAGCUUUGAGGAAUCUCGAGAGCCAGCACCAGUGGAUGGUUAACCUCUCUUGUCAGUUUCAAGGGUUCAACAGUUUGAUUAAAGAUUUCAUUAAAGAGCUUCCUUUGUUCAAAUCCGUCUCUCAAAGCUGCUCUAAGCUCGUCGGUUUCGUGAACAGCACGGCGCAGAUGAGAGACUUGCUGUGUAAGUAUCAGUUGCAAGAGCAAGGAGAAUCUAGACUGCUGCUUUUGCCUUUGGAAUGUUCCUCGAUCGAGCCGUUGUAUAGUCUCCUUGAGGACGUGCUUAACUCCGCUAGAGCGAUUCAGUUGCUGAGGCAAGAUGAUGCGUGUAAGGUUGUUAUAAUGGAGGAUCAUUCGGCUAGAGAGGUAGCUGAAAUGGUUGGGGAUGUCGGGUUUUGGAACGAGUUAGAGGCGGUUUAUUCGCUGUUGAAGCUCGUUAAAGAGAUGGCUCGACGAAUAGAGGAAGAGAGGCCUUUGAUAGGGCAGUGUUUACCCCUUUGGGAGGAGCUAAGAUCAAAGAUAAAAGAUUGGUACGUUAAGUUCAAUGUAGCCAAAGAGAACCAAGUUGAGAAGCUCGUUGAGAAAAGAUUCAAGAAGUGUUAUCACCCGGCUUGGGCUGCGGCCUUUAUACUUGACCCACUUUACUUGAUAAGAGACAGCACCGGGAAGUAUCUGCCUCCGUUCAAAUGCUUGUCGCCGGAACAAGAGAAAGAUGUUGAUAAGUUGAUAACAAGGCUUGUGUCUAGAGAGGAGGCACAUAUUGCAAUGAUGGAGCUGAUGAAAUGGAGAACCGAAGGGCUUGAUCCGGACUAUGCAAGGGCUGUCCAAAUGAAGGAGAGAGACCCGGUUUCAGGGAAGAUGAGGAUAGCUAAUCCACAAAGCAGUAGACUUGUUUGGGAAACUUAUCUUAGUGAGUUCAGGUCAUUGGGGAGAGUUGCUGUUAGGCUUAUUUUCCUUCAUGCUACUUCUUGUGGGUUCAAAUGCAAUUCCUCUCUUUUGAGAUGGGUAAACUCUCAUGGGAGAUCAUCGCGUGCAGCCAUGGAUAGGGCACAAAAGCUAGUUUUUAUAUCAGCCAAUUCGAAGUUCGAAAGGCGAGAUUUCUCCAAUGAUGAAGAGAGGGAUGCUGAGCUUCUCACUAUGGCUAAUGGUGAAGAUGUUGAUAUUCUCAUUGACACAUCCUCGGUGUGACUUGUUAAUUUUUUACUUCUUUUAUGUUAGUUUUCUUUAGAACUUGGCCAUUUUGUAGAUUGCUUGAGUUCUUUUCUUUAAUUUCUUUCUAUUACUAGGCUCCUUUAGGAGGUGAGAAAGAGAGCCAUAUCAUUGUAUUUCUAUAAGCCUAUUUCGAUCAUAAUUUUAGGCGAUUUUUCGUUGUUCUU